AUAUUAUUAACAGCAGCAAAUCAAUCCAAACAAGCCAGGACUACCCCAGCUAUAGCUAUAGUAUAAAUAAAGGCAGGAGGAGGAGAGGCGGAGAACGGCAGUAGAAGAGAAGAAGCAACUAGCAAGCAAGCAAGCAAGCAACAGGGGGAGAGAGGACCAACAAGAACAAGAAGAUGGGCGGCACACUGCAGCAGCUGCUGCUGCUGCUUACGCUGCUCUUUUUCUCUGCUGUCGCCCCACAGGUAGUCGGGGCAGUGAAACCAAUACCAAGUUCCAAUCUCCAGGGUGGGGAGAGAGACAACUCCAUGAGAAUCAUCCAGAAGGACAUCAUAGAUACAGUCAACAAGCAUCCCAAUGCUGGGUGGACAGCUGCACAGAAUCCUUACUUCGCAAACUAUACUGUUGCACAAUUUAAGCAUAUCCUUGGAGUGAAGCCCACUCCACGGAGUGUACUAAGUGAUGUUCCUGCCAUAACUUAUUCAAGACCACUGAAACUUCCAAAGGAGUUCGAUGCCAGAUCUAAGUGGUCUCAUUGCAGCACAAUUGAGACCAUACUUGACCAAGGUCAUUGUGGCUCUUGCUGGGCAUUUGGUGCCGUGGAGUGUCUCCAGGAUCGUUUUUGCAUUCAUUUCAACAUGAGCAUUUCACUUUCAGUCAAUGACCUACUGGCAUGCUGCGGUUUUAUGUGUGGCGAUGGUUGUGAUGGAGGCUAUCCUAUCAUGGCAUGGCGCUACUUGGUUCAAAAUGGUGUUGUUACUGAUGAGUGCGAUCCAUACUUUGAUCAAGACGGUUGCAACCAUCCUGGAUGCGAACCUGCUUAUCCUACACCAAAGUGUGAAAAGAAAUGCAAGGAACAGAACCAAGUUUGGCAGGAAAAGAAGCAUUUCAGUGUCAAUGCUUACAGAGUAAAUUCUGAUCCACAUGACAUCAUGGCAGAGAUCUACCAAAACGGCCCUGUGGAAGUUGCUUUCACAGUUUAUGAGGACUUUGCACACUACAAAUCAGGAGUAUACAAGCACAUCACCGGUGGUGUGAUGGGUGGCCAUGCUGUCAAGUUGAUUGGAUGGGGAACCAGUGAUGCUGGAGAGGAUUACUGGCUUCUUGCAAAUCAGUGGAACAGAGGCUGGGGUGAUCACGGUUACUUCAAGAUCAUAAGGGGCAACAAUGAAUGUGGCAUUGAAGAAGACGUUGUUGCUGGAAUGCCAUCGACAAAGAACAUGGUCAGAGAGUACGGCGGUGGCUUUGGAACAGCUGUAGUUUGACCAUUGCCCCUGGCCUCAAACACUGUUGGAACUAGCCAAGUAUUUAUAUACCCAAUGAAAUUGAUAAAGUAGCCUUGAAUCUUGAUGGUGUCUGUAUUUUGUACACUACCGUUCGCAAGGUUGAUACGUUGUUGCUGAAGUCGCAACACUUGUUCAGUGACAAAGUGGAAACACUUGUUCAGAGACCAAGUGGAAUAAUUUUAAUAAGAGCAUGACUAUUAUCGCUUCUA